AGUCAAUGGAGGCGAUGAAAUACGUACCGUGCGUACGGUUCCGUACGAGGCAACAUGGUACGGUGGCGAUAAUUCAUCCACCCAUUACCACCACCACUAUUUCGUAUUUUCUGUUCCAACUGUACCGGUACAUUGUAGUUGUUCGUCCUCGAACAAUCGAACCCAUUGCUGAAAGGACGACACAUCGGUGCACUUGAUUAGAAUUCCAGGCUUUCUAUGAUUAAGGCUACCAUUAUCGGGACAACACGCCGCCGAAUACUUGCCAUAAACCUCCAGUGGUUGGUUCCGGGUUUCUUUUCGAUUUUUUGCGUGCUUUCCAGCUUUUUGGCAACCGGCACCGUUGCAUUCCAACUGCGACACGGGCGACCCGCUCGGGUGGGUGUCGCAAGAACGAACAUCAAGCUUGCUGCCAAGGCAUCAAAGGAAAAGAUCGGCUACAACGACGACAAAAUGGUGGCCGAGAACGACGAUGUGUUCGUCACGGAUUUGGCAAGAUACGCCAUAAAAGGAUUUUCCGGCGAUCUAUUGGACUCCGUGCUCAUACCCGGAGGAGGCGUCCAGACAUUUCCAGACGAUCGACGCUAUGCAUUGUUAAAGCAAAAAAACAAAGAAAAAUUCGAUGAGAAAAGUCCGGAAUGGCUUCACAAAGAAAACUUUUUGUGUGCAUUCUCCGCCCCGGAGCUCAUGGCAAGCUUUCGAAGCCACUACGAAAUCGUGGAAGAACAACAGGAGAACAAGAGUGAUGAUGGCGUCGCUCCGAAAGUAUGCAUACGAAGACUGCUUACGCUAUAUCGACGUAGUGGUGAGGAUGACAAUGAUGCCGCUUCCGAGGAAAAACCGGUGCUUGGACCGAUUGAUUUGAAUACACAAUCCGGCAGAGAGGCAUUGGCUUCUUUCUUUUCAUACGAGUCCAACGAAGAUCUGGUUUGCGUCACAAAAGAAACCGAUGGAAAGGUCAAUACCUUCCAGUUCGGGAAUACGAGAGCAGGAGUAAAGAACAACCCCGGCGGGGACACUCGAACCGUACACAUCGUCAACAGAGCCACCGUUCGCGAAUUUUCGAACAAAAUUGGUCUGGAGUUGAACCCGAUGAGGUUUCGCCCCAACAUCGUCAUCGAUGGAUUGGGUCCGUGGGAGGAAUUCGAUUGGGUAGGGCGCACGCUGCGCAUCGUGCCAAAAGAAGAAGGCGACAACGAUGAAAAUGCCUCGGGUGUGCAGCACGCCGCUCAUCUUCGGCUGAAGGUCCUCACCAAGACUGUGAGGUGUGAGGGCAUUGGAAUCGAUCCCCUGGAUCCAAAGACGGGAAAGCUCGACAUGCCCAAGCUCUUGAGUGAGAAUUACCCCGAGCACGGUCCCUACUUGGGAGUAUAUGCCAGUAUCGAAGUAAUCGGCGCUGAACAAGGGGGUUGCAGUGGUGAUAUUGACAAACUAUUGUCAGUGGGAGAUACACUUUCAUUAUUGGACGAAGAUAACGUGUAGCGCUUGUAAUAGUAGACAACAUCGUAAUGAAACAGAAACAAUGCCACGUACGUAUUUGGUACAAGGAUUGUCAGCUUGAGGGGUUUCGGUUAUUCCGUGCCUUGUCUUAAGACCCCCAUAAGGUGAUUUAUGUUCUACUCUUAGUCGUGUAAUUGCUGCAUUGGAAGUGGAUCAUUUCGGUUAAAGCUUGGGAAAGGACAAGGAUCACGUUUGAAUCGCGCGCCAACCCAGUGGAUAGGAACCGUCAUCAAUGUCGAAAGCAUGGAGAGUACUCUUACUGCCGUCUGCCGUACAGUACAUCAAUGUAACAAUCAACUAUCAUUUUUCAGAAUCCCAAACGGGAAACACGGGAAUGAAUCGGUCCCAAAUCCCUCAGUAUUUAUCUACCGAUACUUCGUAGUAAUGUUUCUACUACAAUUUUGUUUUGGUCUAGUACGUACUUGGGUACGUAGCUUCUACCUACCUCUACUUCAAAACAAAUCGAAUCCCCGAUGCUUCUAUCGCCCAACAAUUAAAAGAGUUUCAGCCAAGGUAGAAAACAAGGGAGUUCGGUGCAUUUGAUUGCAACUCCAGGCUCUCUAUGACUACCGCUACCAUUUUCAGGGUAAACCUCCACGGGUUGCUCAUCGGCUUUUUCUCGCUAUUUUGUUUGCUUCCCGGCUCUUCGCGUGGCGUAGCACAAGGCACCGCAACUGGAACCGCUGCAUUCCAACCACCACACGAGCGAUCCUCUUGGGCAAGUUCUGCAAGGGCAAACGCCCACACCGAACUAUCUGCCAAAGGAUCGAAACCGAAGGCCAGCUAUAACGAUGACGACACAAUGGUAGCACUCCUGCAUUCGCACCACCUUCUCGACCACAAACCCGACAACCUGCUGCUCAGGGGAGGAAGAUACAAACUCCGCGGGGUAGCCUUCCUCGGUCGUCCGGGGGUUGCCCUCUGCAUCGGACCCCCAAAGGCCCACACAAAAUUCAAGAGGGCCCUGGAAUCGGCCAUGCCCCAGAAACGAUUCAAGACGAAGGACCUGGAGAUAACUCAUCCGGAAGGAGAAUUUUUGGCCAUGGAGGGAUUCUCCAGGGCCGAAACGCUGGGCGACUUCCGCGCCAUCCUGGCGUCGAUCGGCAGGGAGGCCGAGUUUUUCGAGCUCACGGGGAUCGAGGAUCCGAAUUCGUCGUCUUCGUCGCCUCCGCCGCCCAAUGAUCAAAGCAAUGAACAGGCAACGGGGAGAAAGUGUGGCCGGAGAGGGAAGAACAAAAACAGGAAAGGACGAAAGUAAUACAAGACGAAACACACGGGGUUUGCUACAGCGAUCGGUACAAUGGACGAUAUUUAUUAUAAUGUUGAAAACAAUCAUCGGACAUCACAAUCAUGCAUUGUACUUUUGGUACGGAGAUACUUUGAUGGGCUUUUGACUUGAGAAUCCACCUCUCCUGAGCCACCGACAGCCACAGGUGUUAGAUUUCCAGAAUCGGGAAGAUGCCAACGAGUUUCUCAAUUAUUGAACAUGUGUGUUCGGGAUCCGUAUGAGAGUGGAUUUGUCUUCCCAUGAAUCUCUUUGGCCACGCUCAGAAUCCGCUGUAUAAGGGUAGGUUGUUGGAAUUUGAAUUCUUGGAAUUGAUUACAAUUGUAACAGUAUUGAUAAACUGAUGUUUACGUUGCUCCUAUUUAAUGAUGGGUAGUCUCGAAUGCUCCUGCCAUCCCUAAUUCAUGCAUUCACCUACGUUUUGGUUAAGACUAACUCUAUUGAACGUUGAUGUUGAACUUAAUACAAAAGCCAGAGAAUUGUUACUGAUUUAACUUACUAGUAGAAGUAGUAGCAUUGAUUCCAAUAGCUAGUCUCUUGAAGAAAGAAUGACAGCAGUCCCCCAGAAAAAUGUGAGAAAGAAGUGACAAGAUUCAUGCCUACAUACAUUAGUAGCAAAUAGGAUAAUCCAUAGUAGUGCCUAUUCUUCACAUUCUUGUUCUUAUCCUCUUGAAUUAUGACAGCAGAAAGCAGAUACAGCAGUCAUAACAAACUAUGACAAGUAGGAUAUAGAAUAGAAUACUAAGAAUAGU